AUGAUCAAGAGCUCGAGUUCUAGUUCAGAGGACUCUCUUUUGGGGAUCCGUUUCAGCUGGAGGCAGUUCAUAAGCUACUUGGUCCUGACCGUUGUCACCGUAUAUGUGCUGCGCAAAUUAUUCACUGGGCAUGGGACGGAUAUUGACUUUGGUAAGUUCCUUACGAGGACGUCUCCGUAUAUGUGGGCUAAUUUAGGGAUUGCCAUGUGUAUUGGGUUAAGCGUUGUUGGUGCUGCCUGGGGGAUAUUUAUCACCGGGUCCUCGAUCAUUGGUGCCGGUGUUCGUGCCCCCAGAAUCACUACAAAGAACUUAAUCUCCAUCAUUUUCUGCGAAGUGGUGGCUAUUUACGGACUCAUCAUAUCCAUUGUGUUUUCAUCGAAGUUGACAGUGGCAUCAGCUGCCACUUUGUUCUCGAAAUCAAACCUUUAUACAGGAUACGCGCUUUUCUGGGCCGGGCUGACUGUGGGUCUUUCAAAUCUAAUAUGUGGUGUCUGUGUCGGCAUCACUGGUGCUACGGCAGCGGUUUCUGAUGCCGCAGACUCCGCACUAUUCGUAAAGAUUCUUGUUGUCGAAAUUUUUGGUUCUAUAUUGGGCCUUCUAGGUUUGAUUGUUGGCCUUUUGAUGGCCGCAAAGGCAUCGGAUUUUGAGUAG